AACUGCUUUUCAUUUCCACUUUCUGUCAGUUCUGGCACCUCUCAAUAUGCCUGCACACAUGAUCAGGAUUUGCUUGAGUUAUAAACUGGAAUGGUGUAGUCUGGACAGGUUUCAGGAGAAAUCUAGGCAUUUUGUAUCAGAUGAUUUUAUAUCUGUCAGCGAUUCUGAGGAGGUGUACUACUGCAUAUUAUUCUGACAUCAGUGUUGGAACUCAGUUUUGGUUCUUUACAAAGAACAUUAUUUAUUAAAAACUUGUUCUUAUGCCAACUUAUCAAAUAUCAAAUGCUUCCUUAAAAUGAUCAGCUUAAUAGGGACUUCUCUAACUAGAAAAGAAUAAAAAGAAGGAAGCAUCUAAUUGAUGCAGCUCACUUUGAGGACUUUAUUUUUAAAGUCUUUAAAAAUUUUAAAUUCUUUCUGUGUUAGAUGCUCUUACUCUUGUAAAAUUUUAGAUACCAGAAAGAGACAAAAAAAAUAAGAUGAAUAGUUAUGUACAGAUUGAGUUCAGCUCGCCGACAUUUUGUUUAAAAAACUAUUAAGUAACCAAAGAUGACAGAAAGAAGAAGGACAAUAAUGUUCUUUUUUGUCUCUGACUAAAUUUAAUCUACUCUCUCUGCUCUGUAUUUUCCAUUCAUUCAUUCACUAAAUGUGUAAUACAUGAUUUUGUAGUUAUGUAUUUCUUUAUUAGGGGAGUAUGGCAAUGUUCUACGGUUAGCACCAGUUCAGGUCAGUGUUUACAGACUUACUGCUGAAAAGGAAUCUUUUUUGUAAGAUAGAGGAGUGUAACACACAGACUUGUUACCUGUGUCUGGUCGUUAUCCUCCAGAUCGUCUCUCGGUCGGCCUUCAGUUGGGGAAGCAGAGCCACUUGACCUCCUGCUGCCUCCUGGCCUCUGAGCGCAGCCUUUUGGAAUGUGUUUAAAAUGUUUGAAUGCAGACAUAAUACAACAUCUCUGAGUUAUCUGCAUGUUAGUGAGACACUGCUUAUGUGCAUGUAUGUUUGCUGACAGAUUAGUGCAUAUCAGAACAAAGAUUUUAGAAGAAAAGGUUGGAAUAAUCACUGAAAAUAAAAUAUUCUUUGUUUGAUUUCUCUGAAACACUUUUAAUUCUUCAAUUAUAAAUGUAAAAUAUUAUAAUUUAAAUUCCAGAUAUGCUUCAUUUGAAAAACAUUUUGUUUAGAACUGUCAUAAAGAUAUGAUAUUUUUUGAUAUGAUAUGCCAGAUGAAAGUGAAGGAAUACUUAUCAUUUUUCAGAAUUUCUGUGAUAUUCCUUUGACCUCCAAAAUCAUAAAAUCACAAGAAAACCAAAAUGCAUUCUGGUCACAAGGCUGGCUUUUCCACUUUGAUGAGUGAAAGUUUAAUUUUGCUCCAGUUCACAUAAUCGUUAUAUGUGCGUGAAAUGUUGCCACAGCUGCCUCCCAUCUUUUAUUCCUGCUGUGCUCUCACUCUUUCCAGCUUUUAUGUACUAUUUUUAAUAUCACUAUUUUCUAAAAAUGAGUCUUCUCUUCCGCUGUACUCACAUACACAAACGCAGACACACACACACACACAAGUCAUAAAAGAGAGAUAACUAGAGAAGGACUCAAACUUGUGGCCCUUGUUCAUUCAGAUGGAAAUUAUCCUUGCUUUGCGUUUUCUACAUAGGUUCUGUUGGUGUGGAUGAGCGAAGUGGCCGAUGUCAGUGUGAACUUCAUCAGCUACCUUAGCUUUGUGAUGUUUCGUCUGAGAAGGGUGGUGGGGGCCUGGGAGCAUAUUUGCGCCAGCCUUUUACCCCCUUGAGCGUCUCCUUAAGCUGUGAUCUGCCCCUGCUGGCCCCAGACUAACUUUGUAACACCCCCAAAACCCACACACUAAGCUCCACACUGUGUGUGUGUGUGGGGAUGUGUGUGUGUGUGUGUGUGUGGGUGUGUGUAUGUCCAUUCGUUGCAUAUGCUCUACGCUGCCACCAAAAGGCUUGUAAGGAUUUGUCAGCCAGAUGUGACAAGAUUGUCAAGAGGCAGGCGUGGAGAGGGGGAGAUCUGAUAUUAAUCAGAGCAUAGCUGGAAGCCAAACUCUAUCAGACUCAGUGUACUAACAUGUUCCCCUCAUUUACUCUCUCUCUGAGCCAAACACUCCCUCUGCGUUCCUAACAGCAAGCAACCAACACCAGAGAGCCAUCCAAACUUUGGCUUGCUUCCUCCAUCCUCACGCUCACAUUUUUGUCUCCUUCAAACUUGUUUCUGUACAGAGGGCAGCGUUUUUCUCAUGGAUCUUCAGGCGAUCUGCUGCACCUUGGUAAACUGUAACUGUGACAACUUCAAGCCUGGGAAGCUGAAGAGGAGGCAGUGUGAAAACUGCAAACAUGGCUGGGUAGCACAUGCCUUGAGCAAGCUGAAGGUGCACCAUAUGUUCCAGAGUAGCCAGGUGGAGAUUGUGCAUUCCAACGUAGUGUUUGAUAUCUGCAGCUUGAUGCUGUACGGCACCCAAGCCAUCCCGAUCCGGCUCAAAAUCCUCCUGGACCGCCUUUUCUCUGUCCUCAAACAGGAGGAGGUCAUCCAGAUCCUCAACGCAUUGGACUGGACACUGCAGGAUUACAUCAGAGGAUACGUGCUCCAGGAUGUUGCUGGUAAAGUGUUGGACCGGUGGGCCAUCAUGACCUUUGAGGAGGAGAUUGCUACUCUGCAGCAGUUUCUGCGUUUUGGUGAAACCAAGUCUAUAGUGGAGCUUAUGGCUUUACAGGACAAGGAGGGGCAGGCGGUGUUGGUUCCCAGCACCCGCACAAACUCAGACAUCCGCACCUUCAUAGAGCGGAACACUCCUCGCUCCACUGCCAGUCUCUCCGCAACUAAGGUUGAAAAGAUUAGCGGCAACAGCAUGCACCACUUUGAGAACUUCAUCAAUAGCAUGGCCUUCAUGCUUCCAUUCCAGCUGCUAAGCUCUGUGCCUGCACCAUUCUUAGGCUCACCACCAGGGGCAAUGCAACAACAGCACCAGCAGCACCAACAGCAUCAACAGCACCAGCAGCACCCAUGUGGUGCUUCAGUUGAGCAGCAGCUUCAGAGAAAAGAUGAUGUGAGAGACAAUAUUGGCAGGGACAACCCCCUCCAUCUCUCACAUCCUUCAGAGAGCAGCCUGCUAGGUUCUAGCUCCAUCUCAUAUGCUUCUGAUUUGGACCAAACCGGUGAAAGAACAACGGACACACAUUCCACAACAGCAAAGAUUGAAGCAGAAGACUUCUCCACCAGUGACAACUACUCAGAUGGCUCAUCGACACCAUGCACGCCAUCUAUGACCUCUGAUGUCCCACAGAUGUCUCCUGAGGGGAAGCUGCGCUCUCUGGACAGGAAUGGAAGCGGCAAUGGAGGGGCAUCGGGGGGUGGAGGCUCUCUGAAAAAAGGGCGUGUAUUUUGCAACGCUUGUGAGAAAACAUUUUAUGACAAAGGCACACUGAAAAUUCAUUACAAUGCAGUUCAUCUGAAGAUUAAACACAAGUGUACCAUUGAGGGGUGCAACAUGGUCUUCAGCUCACUGCGCAGUCGCAAUAGGCACAGCGCUAACCCAAACCCCCGGCUACACAUGCCCAUGAACCGGAACAACAGAGACAAAGAUUUACGAGGGAGCUUGUCUGCUGAUGAAAGUUCACAAGGAGAAAAGAGAGCUGAAUAUAGCAAUACAAUUUCCAUCUCUUCCUCGGAAAGCCAUAAGUCUGCUCCCAGCUACAUGGUGAGUCAUGUGGACACUGCUCCUAAGCUCCACAAUAGUUCUUUCUCCAGCAUGGGCCAAACUGGCAUCCUCUUCCCUAACUUGAAGACAGUACAGCCAGUCUUGCCUUUCUACCGAAGCCUGGUAACCCCAGCAGAACUCGCUAACACCCCAGGGACACUACCUUCUCUUCCAAUUUUAUCAUCUUCUGUAACUGUCAAACCCAUCACAGCUCCGGAACCUUGUAUGACAGAUCCUAUACCAAAGAAAAAAUCACGUAAGUCAAGUAUGCCAAUAAAAAUAGAGAAGGAGGUAAUAGAGCAGGAUGAGGAGAUGGAUAAGGGAAGCCUCUCUGAGGAGGAGGUUCCUCUGAGAUGUAGGGAAAAGGAUGACUUUGAGGGUAACCAUGAAGGAGAGCAUAUGUGCAAUGAAAAAUCUGAAGAGGCAAGAGAAGAUUACAUGGAUAAAGAAAAGGAAAGGGAUGGUAGCAAGUAUCUGAUAGACCAAACCUUUGCUGGAAAUUCAAUUGAAAGGAAUGAUGAACAUGACAGACCAGAGCAAAAAGAAACGAGGGUCAUCACUGUUUCACCAUCCCUAUUGGAAAAGAGGCCCAUGGCUAGCAACAAAAUCUCAGCUAGUAAAGAAUCCACUUGCACUGAAGAUAGAAUUGACAUAGGACAUUCAGAUUCAUUGCAAAUAGCUGACAAGAUCCCAGAGCAUAAAUGGGAUGAAUCUGGGCACAGGCUGACCAAUGGGCGUGGUCUCCUGUUGGAUGAAAAGGAAGGACUUGACAGAUGUGAAGAAGAUUAUGGGAUCUCAGGACUGUCUCACCUUGAACCUGAUGCUAACCCUCCACACCACUGUGAGAUCUGCAGUAAGACCUUUAAAAACCCUUAUAGUGUCAAGAUUCACUACCAAAACAUCCACUUGAAGGAGAUGCACAUGUGCACAGUGGAUGGCUGCAAUGCUGCCUUCCCGUCCCGAAGAAGCCGAGACAGACACAGUGCAAAUCUGAAUCUACAUCAUAAGCUGCUGACCAAAGACUCCCUCAGCCCAGCCGCCUCCCCCUACUCCCCAUCACACUGCAGAGACAGAGACUCGGAAGGCCUGGAGCCUGGACAAAACCAGCAGGACAAAGACGCGCUGCACCGAGACCCAACCAGCCAGACCUCAGUCAUCUUCCGAGGACACAACCGCAUGGGACUGGUGUUUCCUAUGAGCAAGGCACCUGCUGCACUUAGCAGUGCUGAGACAUCCCCCCUACAAGAGUUGGAGGGAUUAGGAGAAGCAGACAGAGGUGGAAAUGGGAAUGAUGGAACGAUCCUUGACCUGAGCACCUCAACCUCUCUCCUACCUUGUGGCAGCGGCAGCGCUCAGUCUUCCUGGGACUCAGAUGAAGCUGAGAGUGAUGAGGAGGCAGGGGAUGAGGAUGAGGAGGCCCUCCCCAUAGAGGACAGCGAUGAGAGCUGUGAUGGGCUGGGUGUGAGGAGGCCAGAGGGUGAGGAGGGGGCAGCGGGGAGACACAGGAACACAGGCUGUAGCAGGAGCGGACAAAACAGACAUCAUGGGGGUGGGUCUCCCAUCACAUGCCACGUCUGCCAAAAGGUAUACAGCAACAAAGGAACAUUCCGCGCUCAUUACAAGACAGUCCAUCUGCGACUGCUUCACAAGUGCAAGGUCCCAGGAUGUGACACAUCCUUCUCCUCUGUACGGAGCAGAAACAGACACAGUCAGAAUCCAAACCUACACAAGAACCUUUGUGUUACCUCAGGGGCCACCGCCGAACACGAAUAAAGAUCUGGGUUCAAAUGGCAGCAAGCAGGUGAUGGGGGCGGGGGGGCAGAGUGAAGACUUACUAAUUAGCACUUUUUAAAUAUGAACACAAUCCACCAAAAUACUGUAUGUUUGGAAAAAAAGGAAAAAUCAUGCAAAAAGAAUAUACAGUUAGAAAUCCAUGUGUUGUGUAAAAUGAAACGACAUUCCUGUCAGUGUUUACUCAUUAAAGUACAAUCAGUGUGUGUGUAAAGAAUCGUCUACAUUAAUGUAAGUUGUCCUGUUGUAAAGUGGAACUGAUCUCGUUCUGUUUUCUUUAACCCUGAUGUUCCAGUUCAGACCACAGAAACAUUUUCCCUUUUGUUCUCCCUGUGAUGGCAGAAUCAGGAAGCUGAAUAUUAUGGAUUUACUGAAUACUGUCAUCAGAUAGAUCCUACAUAUGGCGCUUAAUUUAUCAGAAAAAUACUUCAGUAAGUACCAUUAUUUAAAAGUUCUAGUGUUGAGUGUGACCAUAUUUACUAUUCUCUGAUCUGAUUUGAUCUUUCCAGUUCUGUUUUAUGCUGCCAAUAUUGACCAAAGAUUUUCCUCCCUUCCUAGAUGUGUGCAACAUCCCGUUUCUGUUUUCUGACGGAUAUGCAGUAUAAAAGGGGCUCACCACGGUCACUAAUUAAGCCUGAGCACACAGGGCCUGAUGAAAUGCAAAAGUUUAUUUACUUUAUGAUGAACAGCGGUAAAGUGUGACUGUGGAACAAUAAAAUUGAGAGAAAAAAAUAUCUAGAAAAAUGGCCGAAGACUUAAAGACCUUCUCAGUUUCUGUGGCUUGCUUGUAAAGAAAUGUGAUCUUGGGGCUGUUGUUAGCAGAGCUGUUGCUCUCAUAUUGUUUGUGUUUAGGAGGAAGUUGACUGAGUGUAAAACCCACAGCCAGGCGCUGGUCUGGAGCCUGGAAGCAUGUACUGUGAAUGAGUCAAACACUGAUAAUAAAUACGGGGAAAAUAGCAGUCAUUAUUGACCAAACUUACACUAUAAAUAACAACUGUUGAACAAAAUUGUUAUUGAACUGGAUAUUAUGUGAAUAGAGUAAACUCUCUCAAGGAAGUUAAACAUUUACUGUAUCAAAUAGGAACAUUUCAUGACUGUCUGUUCCUUUUUGAAUAAAAAACAAGAACGUGUAUUGUUCUGGUAGUUCAGCAGAUUUGCUCUGUAUCACAAAUGUUUGUAUUGUGUAUUUAAAUUCAACAGGUUAGAUUGAGAAACCAUUCUUUUCUUUACAUUGAUUUGUUUAAAAAAUGAGAGAGCAAAAACAGUUCAUUGUUAAUAGAUAUUUCUUUUGGUUUAUUGUCAUAAUAUUUGUUUGCAGUUAAAUAAAGAGCCAUAUGUUUGGAGGACUCCGUUUAUUUUUUUUAUUCAUAAGAUCCUAAAAUCAAAUACACACCACUGCCCAUGUGCACACAGGCAUGCAUUCACACAUGUCAAACACACACAUUUAAAACAUACUGUUUGACAAAAUUAAAAGCGCUCCUCUUUGGGAGCCUUUUAAUAGUUUUAUAUCACUUCUGUUUCUGUUAAACUUUUCCACAAUCAUUUGGUCAUCUGUUUAAUGAGUCUAAACUAGAAAAUCAGUAGCAUGAUGCCUUAGGACACCAAACAACAGCCAGUCAGCAGUCCAAUCACAUUUGUUUGGCUAUUUCAUGAAAAAUUGACCCUAAAGUUUCAAUAGAACUUCAGGUGAAAAGAAACAUUUCAACGUCCAUGUCCUGCUUCUAGAUAUUGUACUAACAAAAUGCUGGUAAACAAAUACAUUUUCCUAUCAAUUUGAAAUCAACAGAUUAUAACAAUAAUGGUAAACAUAAUAAUUUGUGGCAUUAGGGGCUCUUAUUGACAGCAAUUAGAAAACAAGCAGAGAGAAUGAGAAAAACUACAACUGAUUGAAACCCCGGAUAAACAGACACCGCCCUGCUGUUACACCAUUCAGGGCCCCGUAGGUUUUAUUUUUAACAUCACUUUGAAAUUUGCACUGUUGUUCAUAGAAUGU